AUGGCCCGAUCAUGCCACACCACGCAGGCAAAGCACCAGAAGAGCCGCCCAUAUAGCCGGCGCCAUUUCGAAAACUUCAUCGAGACCAAGCAGCCAGUGUCACUUCCGGCACACGAAUCCUUAGACGAAGAUUCAGAGCGACAGAAGCAACGCUGGUCGCUCCGUGCAGCGGCACAGAAAUCUGGCAAGGAGUCUGAUCGCUCGCGUGUCAUUCUCGAAUGGGGCGGCAACAUCAACUCCACGCUCUCCAUCCCACCUACUGAACAGCCAUUUGCGGGCAUCAAACCCGUGAUGCUGGAUCAUAUCUGGGCCAGUUUCACCAAGGCUUCUAGAGUUCAGCGCGCUGCCCGGCCUCGUGUGCCGCUAGAGCCGGAAUAUGGCGAGAGUUGCGAUGCAUUCACAGGUAAGAAGAACCAGAACAAGGCUGAGGUCCAAGGGGAGGAGAUGUUUGAUUUUGGCCGGUACUUUAAGGAUGGAGCGGGUAUGAUGACGGUAAGUCGCGCGGUGGAGACGGGUGAGUCAAUGGGGUGGGAUACGAGCAACGCUGGAGAAAAGGUCGGCGGUGGAAGCUAG